GAGGCCCCCUGCCCAAACGAUCGGCGUCGGCAUCGCAGCCGUUGAGCACCGCAGUCAACGACGUGGACGACUACAACGAAGACCCCUGGGGUGGCGAGAGGCCAGGGACGGCGCCGACAAACGGGCACCGCUCACUUUGAGGACAACCACAGCUACUACACUUCGCGAACCUACCGGCUCGCCGACCCGCGAGGCCGAGAGCUCUGGGUCAACAUCGACAAGAUGCAGAACCAACACGUGCGCGUGCACGGCAUCCUCUCCAACACGCACCGGCAGGCCGCGCGGGUGAAUCUGUCGUUCCCGUUCCUCUUCUACGGACACCACUUGGAGGAGGUGACCAUCGCAACUGGAGGGUUCAUCUACACGGGGGAGGUGAUCCACCGCAUGCUGACGGCCACCCAGUACAUCGCGCCGCUCAUGGCCAACUUUGACCCCAGCAUCUCCAAGGAGUCCACCGUGCGAUACUUCGACAACGGCACGGCACUCGUGGUGCAGUGGGACCGCGUGCACCUGCACGACAACCCCGGCGCUGGCAGCUUCACCUUCCAGGCCGCGCUGCACAGCGACGGCCGCAUCGUCUUCGCCUACAAGGACAUCCCCGUCCCAGUCACGAGGAUCAAGGGAGACAACCACCCGGUGAAGGUCGGCCUGUCGGACGCCUUCAUGGUGGUGGAGAGUCUCGGCGCACUGCCCAUUCUGCGGCGCCGGACGAUCUACGAGUACCACCGCGUGGAGCUCGAGGUGGUGAAGGUGACCAACCUGACCGUCAUCGAGAUGGCGCCACUCCCCACGUGCCUGCAGUACACCAGCUGCAAGGGCUGCCUGACCGCCCAGACCAGCUUCAACUGCAGCUGGUGCGGUCACCUCCAGAGGUGCUCCAGUGGGUUUGACCGCCACCGUCAGGACUGGAUUGACAACGGCUGUCUGCAGGAGUUACGCGAGGAACAGUGCGAGGAGGAGGAGGGGGCAGCCGGGAACUCGAGCGACGUUUCGCCCUCGGGGCCAUCGGCGCGGCACAGCACCCAGCCCAGCUCCACCGCGGCCUCCACCGCCAAAACGGCGACCACCAGCUUCGGCCCCAGAGAUGAAGGCAGCAUGUCUCUGCAUCUGAAGAAGUCUGCCAUGGAGAGCUACUCGCACUCCCCGUCGCUCUACGUGGGCUCCGUGCUGGGCUCGCUGCUCGCCGUGCUCAUCCUGGUGGCACUGUCGCUCAUCGUCCUCUACGUCUACCGGCACCCGACGUCGCCCGUCGGCCUCUUCAUCAUCGAGCACCGACCCAGCCGCUGGCCGUCGAUGCGAUUCCGCCGCGGCUCGGGCCACCCGUCCUACGCCGAGGUGGAGUCUGUGAGCCUCGAGAAGGACUGCUUCGUCGAGUCAUAACGCACGCCCGCCACCCUACUGGGGAGGGGGGGGGCACGGUGGUGGGGGGAGGGGGGGGCAUGGUGGGAGGGUGGCGUGGCGGGACUGUGUCCGUGGAGGAGGAGGUGGUGGUUAAGGCAGCGUUUCUAAAAAGCUCCGGUCCUCGCGACCGGCCACGGUCCGUCAUUUCCAUCUUCGCCGGUUCCCUCCGUAAAAAUAAAUAAAUCGACAUUCA